AUGGCUGAGCUGCAACACCCAGAACUCGGUCUUAUCCAUGGCAAAGCCAACAAUGGCGUGAUCCAAUUUUCUGGCAUCAAAUACGCUUCGUUGAAGCACAGAUUCAGCACUGCCGAGCUGCACAAUGGACCUGGACCCUCUGGGGAGACAGAUGCCACAAAAAUUGGAGCUGCCGCAAUCGCAUUUCCAAAGGGUUGGGAGAAAGAAUUCGCACUAGUCCAGCAGAGCGUGCAAGUUCCAGACUUCCCACCACAGUCAGACACCGAAUGCCUCAAUCUGACCAUCACGGUGCCGGAAGCGUCUUUCGAGAAGCCGCUGCCCGUGUUCGUUUUCGUUCACGGCGGUGCCUUUUUCAUGGGCUCGGGUACCUGGCCACAAUAUGACCACGCUGCUCUUGUUCGACGUUCUGUUGAGAUCGGCAAACCAAUUAUAGGAGUCAACAUAAACUAUCGAACCGGCAUCUUUGGCUUUCUUACGUCAGAGGAGCUUCGAGGAGCAGGCAUUAAGCCCAACAAUGGGCUCCGUGAUCAGAGAGUCGCAUUUCAGUGGGUGAAGAAAUAUAUCGGAGGAUUCAACGGCUCUCCCGAACAGAUCUGUGCGAUGGGGCAGAGUGCAGGUGGAGCUAGUGCCACGCUACAACUCCAGUCGGAGGAACCGCUUUUCCACCGCCUAGUCGACCUGUCAGGCACAUGCCUCUUUAUCAGACCUUCGCCGCCGUCUCUCCACGAGAUAUUCUAUCAGAACUUCUGCGAAGCUCAUGGCCUUACCCAUUUGUCUGGUAGAGAGAGAAUUGCAGCCAUCGACAACAUCGACAGUCAGCGCCUAUUACUCAAUACGCCACCAUCAGUACCCGCGCUACCUGUACUUGACGGCGACUUACUGAAGUCUGUGUCAACCUUUGAGAAUGUCGAGAGCUGGAAUAGUCCUGGCGAGCCUCCUCUGGAGGGCCUUAAGUGGUGUAAAGAACUAUUCAUCGGUGACUGCCAGUUUGACGGCAACAUCCUCCAGUUCAGCCUCGGUCACCGCCAGUGUGGAAUUGCUAAGGAGAUCGAAGAAUCGCUACAACGCAAUCUCCCUCUUUGUGAAAAGUCUGUCAUCGACUCUCUUCUCGAGGCCUACGGUAUUUCGAACGCAAAGGAUGAUCAAGCUGCAUAUAUUGCGGUCUUGGAGUUGGGGAAUGAUAUCACCGCCUACCUACCCGUAGAAUCAUUUGCUCGAAAUUGGCCAGGAACAGCGUACACGUAUCACCUCAACGAACCUAAUCCUUGGGAUGGUCCUUUCAAAGGCUACGCCAUACAUAUCUUUGAUGUGGCGCUCCUCUUCAAGAACUAUGAUCAUGCACUCACCCAGCCGGUCAAGGCGGUAGGGCAGGCAUUUGGCGAUAGUGUCAUCAGCUUCAUCAGUGGAGAGACACCAUGGGAUAGCACAGGUCACAGGCCGCUCGCAUAUGUGUUUGGUGGGCAAGGUGGGAGUAGAUUGGUGGAGGACACACCUAUUCAGGUGGGUCGAAGAGAUGUGCUUUUCCGCUACAAGAACACCAUAGGGUUUGAUAACCUCAAUGAGGCUUUUGUUGCGUUUCUCAACGGCAGAUAG